UUUCCGCUUCCGCGGUUCCGCCUUCCGCCUCCUCCCUGAGUUCUCCCCCAUCGCUACGGCGAGGCGAGGGCCCGAAUCGACGCGCGGCGACGUCUCCUGCCCGCUCCCUCCCGGCUCCCCAGCUCGCUCGCCCCGCCGACCGCGCACGCCUCCAGGCCUCCUUCCUCCUGAAGCGAGGGACGCCACCUGGAAGGGAUUAUUCUCCACCAGCCUUCCUCCUGCCGUCCACUGAGCGGGCGUGGAGUGGAGAUCCAUCCGGCUCGGGCUCGGGUCGAUUUCCGCGGUUCUCGGUUCUAAGGUUAUUUUGGUACGUUUUAUCGUUCUGGGUUUUUAUUCCGAACAACAAAAUGGAUAAUGCUCAGAAUGAGAACCGAGCUGACACUGCUCAGAAUGAGAACCGAGCUGACACCAAGAAAGAUGAUGAGGCGCGCCAAAGCAAACCGGAUGAUGAGGAGGCCCGUCUUGAAGAAUAUAAAAAAAUUAUUGAUCAAAAGACUUCCCUCCGCUGGAGCAACCUAAAUCCUGAAAGGCCUGAUGCAAACUACCUGAGAACUCUGGACUCCAGUAUCAAGCGAAAUACAACAGUUAUAAAAAAGCUGAAGACAAUAAAUGAUGAACAGAAGGAUGGGCUAAUGGAUGAGUUGAAAAGUGUGAAUUUGAGUAAAUUUGUCAGCGAAGCAGUUUCUUAUAUCUGUGAGGCCAAACUUCGCUCUGCUGAUAUACAAGCUGCAGUUCAGGUUUGCUCGCUGCUUCAUCAAAGAUACAAGGACUUCUCUCCUUGUCUUAUACAAGGUCUACUGAAGGUUUUCUUUCCUGGAAAAUCUGGAGAUGAUUUGGAUGCAGACAAAAAUUCAAGAGCCAUGAAGAAGAGAAGCACAUUGAAACUUCUGAUUGAACUGUAUUUUGUUGGAAUUGUUGAAGAUGCUAGCAUAUUUGUAAAUAUCAUAAAGGAUCUUACAUCAGCGGAACAUUUGAAGGACCGUGAAGCAACUCAGACAAAUUUGUCUCUUCUCUCCACUUUUGCUCGUCAAGGGAGGUUUCUUGUAGGGCUACAGUCUCACGGUCAAGAAGCUUAUGAUGAAUUCUUUAAGGACCUAAAUGUUACUGCUGAUCAGAAGAAGUUCUUUAAGAAAGCCUUGAACUCUUACUAUGAUGUUGUAGCUGAACUACUACAAUCAGAACAUGUGUCUCUUCGUCUAAUGGAGGCAGAGAAUGCAAAAGUUUUAAGCGCCAAAGGUGAACUAAGUGAUGAGAACGCAGCCUCAUAUGAGAAACUCAGGAAGUCUUUUGAUCAGUUGCUACGUGGUGUAUCCUCGCUGGCCGAAGCUCUUGACAUGCAGCCUCCAGUGAUGCCAGAUGAUGGGAAUACAACGAGGGUUACUACAGGAACUGAUGUCUCGCCCUCUUCUGGAAAAGAAUCAUCCGCACUGGAACCUAUUUGGGAUGAUGAAGAUACCAAAGCUUUUUAUGAAUCUUUACCUGAUCUCAGAGCAUUUGUGCCCGCUGUAUUGUUGGGAGAGGUUGAACCAAAGUCAAAUGAGCAACAUGCUAAGGGCCGUGAGCAAUCUAGUGAAUCCACUUCAGAACAAGAGACUGAAGUACAUGACAAUGCUCAAACUUCUGCCACUGAACAUCAACUGGAAGUUAAAGUAGAUGAUGGAGUCAAAGAUAGUGAAGAUAAAGAUAAAGAUAGGGGAAAAGAUGGAGAAAAGGAAAAAUCUAAGGAGAAGGAUCUGGAUAAGAAAAACGAAAGAGAGAAAGAGAAAGUUAGAGCCUUGGAUGGUGCAAGUUUGGAUAACCUCCUGCAGAGGUUGCCUGGAUGUGUUAGCCGCGAUCUUAUUGAUCAAUUGACGGUUGAGUUUUGCUACCUAAAUUCUAAAGCAAAUCGAAAGAAACUUGUGCGUGCCUUAUUCAAUGUCAAUAGGACUUCACUGGAACUGUUGCCUUACUAUUCUCGUUUGGUUGCAACACUAUCGACUUGUAUGAAAGAUGUUCCAAUUAUGCUACUCUCUAUGCUUGAAGAGGAGUUCAACUUUUUAAUAAAUAAGAAGGAUCAAAUCAACAUUGAAACAAAAAUAAAAAACAUAAGGUUUAUUGGGGAGCUGUGCAAGUUCAAGAUGGCUCCUCCAGCUCUUGUUUUUAGCUGUUUGAAGGCCUGCCUAGAUGAUUUCAGCCAUCAUAACAUCGAUGUAGCCUGCAACCUUCUCGAGACUUGUGGACGUUUUUUGUAUCGCUCACCUGAAACUACAAUUCGCAUGGCCAACAUGCUGGAGAUACUGAUGAGAUUGAAGAAUGUCAAAAAUUUGGAUCCCCGUCACAGUACACUUGUAGAAAAUGCGUACUACCUUUGUAAACCGCCGGAAAGAUCUGCGCGAAUCUCAAAAGUUAGGCCACCUUUGCAUCAAUACAUAAGAAAGUUGCUUUUCUCAGAUCUUGAUAAAUCAAGUGUUGAACAUGUUCAGCGCCAAUUACGCAAGUUGCCUUGGGCAGAGUGUCAACAGUACCUUUUAAAGUGCUUUCUAAAGGUUCACAAAGGAAAGUACAGCCAAGUUCAUCUGAUUGCUCUUCUCACUGCUAGCCUCAGCCGCCAUCAUGAUGACUUUGCUAUUGCAGUGGUAGAUGAGGUUUUAGAAGAGAUAAGGGUUGGAUUGGAGUUGAAUGACUAUGGGAUGCAACAAAGACGGCUUGCUCACAUGAGGUUCCUUGGGGAGCUAUACAGCUACAGGCAUAUAGAUUCAUCAGUUGUAUUUGAGACACUGUACCUUAUCAUUGUGUUUGGUCAUGGAACUCCUGAACAAGAUGUAUUGGAUCCACCAGAAGACUGCUUCAGGAUCAGGUUGGUCAUUACACUUUUACAGACCUGUGGUCACUACUUCAGUAAGGGAUCUUCAAAAAGGAAGCUCGACAAAUUCUUGCUACACUUUCAAAGAUACAUUAUAAGUAAAGGGCCCUUACCACUUGACAUAGAAUUUGACAUUCAGGAUUUAUUUGCUGACCUCCGACCAAACAUGUCUAGGUAUUCAUCAAUUGAAGAACUAAAUGCUGCAUUAGUUGAGCUCGAGGAAAAUGAACGUUCAGCUCCAGUAGAAAAGGCUGAAAAUGAAAGACACUCGGACAAUGAAUCUCAGAAAAGACAGCCACGAGAUGGUGCUCCAUCUGUGAAUGGUCAAAGCGCAACAAAUGGAGUUGAGGAAAAUGGUAAAGAUCAUGAAGUAGCAGACAGUGAGAGCUAUUCAGGCAGUGGCAGCAUUGAUGGGCGGGAAGAUGAGGAUAUAUUAUCCGAGGAUAAAUCAAAUGAUGGAUCAGAUAAUGAAGGUGAUGAUGAAGACGAUGGCAUUCCUGUUGGUUCUGAUGAAGAUGAAAAUGUUGAGGUUAGACAGAAAGUCAUGCAGGUUGAUCUGAAGGAGCAAGAAGAUUUUGAUCGAGAACUGAAGGCCCUUCUUCAGGAGAGCUUGGAGUCGCGAAAAUCAGAGGCUCGUUCAAGACUCCCUUUGAACAUGAUGGUACCGAUGAAUGUCCUCGAGGGUUCAAAAGACCAAAGGGCCACAGAAUCCGAGAGUGGGGAAGAAACAGUGGAUGAAGAGGGUGGCAAUGUUGGUAGCAGCAAGGUGCGUGUUAAGGUGCUGAUGAAGAAAGGACACAAACAACAGACGAAGCAAAUGUUGAUCCCCGCUGACAGCUCACUUGUGCUAAGCACAAAGCAGCAAGAAGCUGCUGAGCUUGAGGAGAAGCAGAGCAUUAAGCGGAGGAUCCUUGAAUACAACGAAAGGGAGGAAGAAGAGCUGAAUGGAGGAGCAUCGCAAAUGGGGAAUUGGGGUCAAGGAGCUAGCGCUACUAGCAGUAUCCGAUCAGGUGGGCGGGGCAGCUGGGAUGGCUCCACACGGGGAGGUGGUCGGCAACGGCACCACAUUGCGGGUUCAGGUGGUUUUUAUCACAGUUAUGGCAGAAGGAGAUAG